CUGACCUAUAAAUGAGACACUUCCAGCUGGCGACACCGAUGGCCGACCAGCUCUAGCUCCUCGAGCUCUCUCCGCGAGCAAAAUAACCCACUUCAUCACAUCCCCCUCUCCCUUUUGUCCUUCAACCUCCUUUCGUCUAUCUGUCAUCCCCAGAACGCCUGGUCAUGGCCGAAUCGUCGUUGUGGCCGAUGGGGGCUACACCUAAGCGGAAGCGCGAUGAUGUGAUCCUGGAGGAGCACGCCUUCAGCGGCCAGUCCCGAGGCCUCACCCUACCCAAGACCACCUUCUCGUUUCAACCCCCGAUCUCCCUACCCGCCAGCCAUCCUCACCACGAGCGUUCCGAAGACGGUAACAGCAGCCCUCGGAGCAAGGUAGCCCAGAAGUUCCAGGAGCUCGCCCUAGAAAGUGGGGGCGGGGUAAUCCAUGGUGACAGGGCGGAUCGGACGGUUGUUGUGGGAACGGGAGCUGAGGAGGCUAACCCUGGAUGUGACCCGGGUCCUGCGAGCCCACGCUUUUCCCCGGAGCUCCCCAUCUUCGACUUCGAUGGCGAUAUUGACGGCAACCGCGGCAGCCACCACACCGAGAUCGAGAAUAUGCACCUUGACGACGACGACGACGACGGAGCAUCGCACAAGCGCAUCAGGCUUCAAGACCCAAAUCCCCGCCAAGACACCGCCGCCACGGGAUUGAACGGCCGUGCCAUCCCAAUUGCGCCUAAGCCCAUCCAACCUAACGAACCACAUCAUUUUGCGCUACAGCCAACCGCGGGGCGAACAACUUUCAAGGCGACGAAAAGCAAUGGCCACGGGCACUCGCAGACUCCAAAUCUUCCCACCAACCGGGGUUCCGCCUCCCACUCGCGCAAUCGAAGGCGGGCCGGCACACCGCCCCUGUCGAAGAGAAGGACGACGGCGCUCUCGGCCGAAGAGCCUGCUAUCAUCGACCCUAUUCGCGCGGCACUUACCUGGCACGAGGACGAGAUUACCGUGUAUGACCCCGACGACAAGGAUGACGACGGCACCGGCAUCAACGGCAUCGGGUUUAAGCCGACCCCGGCUAUAGCCUAUGCUCGGGCGCAGAAACGCAGACAGCAGCUGGCCGAGUACAGGAAGCGCGAGGAGAGUGAAGCAAGGGCGAGGCGAAACCAGCGCCGUCGAGGUAAGCUCGGCGGCGCCUCCGAAUUGGACGCGAACCAUUCUAUCGUGCGGGUGCGUUUCUCCGAUGCAGAACCGACUACGGCGGUCACGAUUUGACACCACCCUAUUAUUUCCCCGAUUCUUAACACUUGUCACCUCGAGAACUUUGGGCGUUACGCGUUAUGCGAGGCUGAAAAAAAAAAAGGCCGAUCGCAGACGGAUUGGUACGGCGUUGGGUGGCUCUGGACAGGAUUGUAGGAGCCAGGAAACGGUCAACGAGGUUGGAAGGGCGACGUAUUCUAUUAGGUUGACUUGGGUUUCGAUUUUUCUAUGGA